GUGUUAUGGAAAAACAAUUUGAUCAAAUAAACGAAGAGAAACAAGGUUUUAAGAAGAGAGACAUCAAGGCUAGGCGUAAGCAGAAUGAGCGUGUUAAGAGGGAAUUUAAGAUCAAGAAGAAAGACGUGAAGAAGGAAUUUAACUAUUUUGACAAGAAUAGGAUGUACCAGCUUGUUAAUAGCUUGUCUAUGGGUACUGAGAAGAAGGAAGAGGGUAAAGAAAAGUUGGAAGACUUAGUCACAGUUAAACAAAUGGUGAUUCCCAAAGUUAUAAAGAAAGUAAAGGAAGAAGACAAUAAAGAAGAAGACAAAGAAGCCAGUGAUGAAGAGGUCCCAAUCGAGAAAGAUGACCUUAAGAAAUUGAAUAAGGAUCUUAAAUUAGAAGAGCAAAUGAGGUUUAUGAUAGCAUCAUGAAUUAAAGAAGGCAAACAUUCGGAAAGCAGAAAAUAUAAUCAGCCUCAGGUGCUUGUUAUCACUCCAGAUUGAUAUUUCGCUAUUGAUCUUCAUAAGAAGAUUGAAACUCUUAAUUUUGGCAAAGCUGGGUAUACUAUUAAGUCUUUCAAACUAUUCUCAAAGCAUAUGAAGCCUGCUGAACAACUAAAAAGUUUAUCAAAAACUCAUCCUAGAAAAGCAAGCUCAAAGCUUCUCAAUGUAUUUGUAGGAACUCCAAAUAGGAUCCUCAAGUUGCUUGAAAUGGACGGAAUUGAUCUUUCCUCUCAAUUGAAGUAUAUUAUCCUUCACUGUAAGAGAAACAAGAAGAACUUCACCUUGUUUGAUAUCAAGGACACAAGGAAAGACCUAGUAGACUUGAUGAAAAAGUUGAAAGCUCACUUAGACACCCAUCCAAGAACAAAAGUAAUGCUAUGUCCAUAAUUGAUCUGUGUUUAAAUGUAUCCAAUGA